AUGGGUACCAUGGACUUUAGGACAGAUCCCAGUGCAGUAACGAUCAAUUUGCUGCUUAUUGUCCACCCUGAGGAGACAGCGAGCAAGCAGAAACUGCAGAGAGAGAGGCAGACAGAAGGCAGCCGAAGCGCAGGUUUGCAGGAUGAUGGAAAUGGAAACAGCAGAUCACAGCCACCUCAGAGGAGAGACCUUAACGGCCAGCGAGUCUCCAGGGAGCUCUGCAAGCAGACGCAAGCCGUUACUUCUUACUCUAACGAAGGAACUCAAGUGACAGUGGAAAUUCAUGCCAAGGAUGCCACCCCACAACUCUUCAAGAAACUCUCCUUUGGAAAAGGUCCCCGGAGGCUGCCCAGCCUGAAUGGUCAGGACAACAAAGGUUUCCAGAAGACCGAAGCCCCGCAGCCGCCAGGAGGAAAAGACCUGCACGCAUAUCCAUGGGACAAAUCCUCUUUGAAAUCCAUGCCAGUAGAUCUGCAGCAAUUUGAGAAGCUGGAUGCCUACGCAUUAAAAGUAAACGUCAAGAACAGCGUAGAGGAACUCGUUAAAGCCCUGCUUAAACAAGCCCAGACUGAUCUGGAGAAAGUCCGAGCCAUAUGGAUAUGGAUAUGUCAUCACAUAGAAUACGACGUAGUGGGCUACCAUAACAAAAGCCAGCUGUCGAGCAAACCCAUAGAUGUGCUGCGUAGCGUUUGUGAGGGAUACGCUGGGCUCUUUGAACAAAUGUGCAGUAUUGCAGGAAUCCAGUGCAUGAAGCUAUCAGGAUACUCUAAGGGGCACGGGUACAAGAUAGGGCAGACCUUCACAGGGAACUCUGACCAUGCCUGGAACGCUGUCUACCUUGAUGGAAGGUGGCAUUUACUCGAUAGCACCUGGGGAAGUGGUGUUGUUGAUGAUUCUUUCACCAAGUUCACCUUCAGGUACAAUGAGUUUUAUUUUCUGACUCACCCAGCUCUGUUCAUUAACAAUCACUUCCCAGAUAACAGUAACUGGCAGCUUCUUAAACCAACCCUGACGCUGAAAGAUUUCGAGAACAACAUGCUGCACAACAGUAAUUUUUACAUGUUGGGCCUGCUGACCGCACACCCGGAGACAGGUGUCAUCCAGACAGUAAAUGGAAAAGCCUCUGUAUCAGUGGAUUGCCGUUCUGCCACAUUAUUUACAUUUAAGCUGAAGGGAACAGAUGAACACGGUUUAAUGACUUUGAAAAAACACGGAAUGAAGCUGGAUAUCUACCCACAGAGGACAGGGAGUCACAAGCUGCAGAUCUUUGCCAAGCCCUCCAAAGCCUCAGAUGUCGUCUAUGACUGUGUGUUAGAAUACAUCGUAGAGUGCAAGUCUGUGGACAAGGCCAUGUGUUUCCCAAAGGACCUGCAUCAGCCUGUUGGACCAAGCUGGUUCACGGAGCGGCAAGGGUUCCUGAGGCCGUCACACCCCAACCCCAUCAUUCACACCAACGACGGGCGGUGUUCUGUCACCUUCACUCUGGGCAAAGACAUAAGCGUCUUAGCCUCACUGCACUCCGAUAACAGCAGCCUGACAGAGGAUAUGAGAAGGCGGCACAUCAUGCAAAUCCAUCGUGGGAACCAAAUUGAGUUGAAGAUCCAUCUGCCCCACGCAGGGAACUUUGUUCUGAAAAUCUAUGCCAAGAAGAAGUCAGAUCCUGGCAAUUACGACUACAUCUUCAACUACCUCAUCACUUGCCUGAACACUGAAGUGAAGUGGCCAGCUUUCCCUCAGAGUUACAACAAGUGGGUGGAAGACUAUGAAAUACUGGAGCCGCUCUCCGGCUUGCUGCCAGCGAAUCGCAACGUUCAGUUUAAACUCAAAAUGCAUGGGAUAGCAAAGGUGCUAGUUCAAGCUGAGAACACUUACCCUCUCACCCAGAACAGAGGCUACUGGGAGGGAACCUGCAACACUUCGGGAUGCAGAGAGGUGUUUGUGAUGGUGCACGAGAACGCUAACCACAGCUUUUACUCACACGUUCUGAAAUACGAAGUUGAAACUGAGUAA